AUAAAAGCAGCCGGUGUCGCUUUGUUUGUCUCAGUUGUAAAACUAAAUUCGUUAGAAGCACAUCUCGCUGCGCGAAAUAAAGAGAACAUAACGGGAAAAAAUUAACUUUAUAAACUCCAUUUUCUCUAAAAGUAUUGGAUCAAGUAAAAAAAAAAGGAAGAGAAUAUGUCGCUCUCUCAACUGUUUAAUCUGGUUGAUGCCCUGCAGGAGAACUGCGAUCCCAUCUACGACUUUGGCAUGGGGAUGCAUCCGCGCCAGCUGCAGUCCCUGGCAGCUUCGCCGGCUUUACUGUAUCCCUGGCAGUGGGCUCAUCCUGCCUGUCCAGCAUUGGCGGGUAACAAGAUGAUGACCAAACGUCACAAGCGUAAGCACGAAAAUGGAGGUGGCGAUGUUUGGAGCAUGCCCAUCUCCCAGGUGGGCAAAGAUGGCUUCCAGGUGUGCAUGGACGUGACUCAGUUCAGUCCCAAUGAACUCACUGUCAAGGUUGUGGACAAGUCCAUAGUCGUCGAGGGAAAGCAUGAGGAGCGCGAGGAUGAUCAUGGCUACAUUUCGCGCCAUUUUGUGCGUCGUUAUGCUCUUCCCGAGGGAUACGAGGCCGACAAGGUGAUGUCCUCGCUGUCCUCCGAUGGAGUGCUCACUGUGAACGUGCCGAAACCACAGCCCAUUCAGGACAAGUCCAAGGAGCGUGUGGUUCAGAUCCAGCAGGUUGGACCUGCUCUUCUGAAUGUGAAGCAGAAUCAGGAGGAGAAGCAGAAGCAGGGAGAGAAGCCUACCAGUGGUCCCACCAAUGCCUAAUAGAUGUGGAUCUAGUCGCAUUAUCCUCAUUCCUACUGAUAUCAUAGAUUUAUAUCGAGCAAAAGACUAAUAUGUAAUAAUAAACUAAUGUUAGUUUUGAAAAUUAAUAAAAAAAAUGUUGAAAAACAA